GCUAACACUGACUCACUGACUGCCCCCUUCGAUACAAAAUAACCAACCGUGUCUGGGUAUUUCGUUUUGGAGGGAAAUUACAGUCAUUCUAGUGGUUUGGGGGUGAAGUGUCGCAGUCCUCUAUUUGCAUAUCACCUGGCAUAUAUACUAGAUAACUUCGAUAGUCGUGUAUUCUCAGUAUAUCAUUGUAGAGAAGUCAAUAUGCCAGAUCCAGCUAAGCCUGCACCCAAGAAGGGUUCCAAGAAAGCCGUGACAAAGACAGCCGGUAAAGGAGGAAAGAAACGCAGAAAGUCCAGGAAGGAGAGCUAUGCCAUCUACGUGUACAAGGUCCUGAAACAGGUCCACCCCGAUACUGGUAUCUCUUCCAAGGCGAUGGGUAUCAUGAACUCCUUCGUGAACGACAUCUUCGAGCGCAUCGCUGGAGAGUCCUCCCGCUUGGCCCACUACAACAAGCGUUCCACCAUCUCUUCCAGGGAGAUCCAGACUGCAGUACGUCUGCUUUUGCCCGGUGAGUUGGCCAAGCACGCCGUGUCUGAGGGAACAAAGGCCGUCACCAAGUACACCAGCUCCAAGUAA